CGUCGUGUUUGUUCCAUUGUCCACACCACCAACAAUGACUCAGGACUCGGAUCUGCACGCUUCGGUAGCUGCGGCGAUGGGCAAGGCGUCACCCGCGACGUCGUCGAGCUCGUCGUCGGCCGCUUCCCCGCCGUUCGACGACGACAUUACGCCCUUCCCUUCCCCGAUGCUCUCGGCCCGGUCGCUCGCUGGCCUGUCGUUGUCAUCUGAUGGAGAGCUCGAGUCGGAAGUUGACGAGACGCGCGAGGUCACAGACGCGGACCGGGCUGGCGCGCUCGAGCUGAAGACUCUGGCGAACAAGGCGUUUGGCGCAAAAGACUUUGCGCGCUCCAUCGAGCUGUACACCGAGGCGAUUGCUCUCAACCCUCACGACGCAACAUUUUGGAACAACCGGGCAAUGUCCAAGGGCAAGAUGGAGGAACACGGAGCUGCCAUCGCCGACGCCACCAAGGCCAUUGAGAUCAACCCAGACUACGCAAAGGCAUACUACCGGAGGGGUGUGAGCUCGCUUGCCAUCAUGAGGCCGGGUGACGCGGUCCCCGACUUUAAGAAGGCGCUCGUUAUCGAGCCUAGCAACCGCGUCAUCCGCGAGCAGCUCAACGCCACGGUCAAGCUCGUUCGCAGGAUAGAGUUUGAGAAGGCGAUCAGCGUCGGCGAGACCGAGACGGCGUCGCAGCGCUGCAUCACUGCCAUCCAGCAGGGUGCGUGCCCGCUCGACCCAGGACGCCCGGACAACACGCCUCUGCCCAUUGUCCCCGAGGACCCGGCGGCACGGUACACGCCAACAAAGGAGUUUGUCGAGUCCAUGGUCCAGUUCUUCAAGGACGGUGGCAAGCUCCCGAAGCGUGUCGUGUGGGAGAUUAUCCUUGGCGUCAAUGCCAUCGUGUCGGCCGAACCCAGCUUGGUCGAAGUCACGGUGCCUGAGGGAGUGACCUGUGACAUUGUCGGUGACACCCACGGCCAAUUCUAUGACCUGUGCAACCUGCUUUCCAUCAUCAAGCCUCCGUCCGAGGACCACAUGAUUGUGUUCAACGGCGACUUUGUGGACCGUGGUUCUUGGUCGGUCGAGGUCGUCCUUACGCUGUUUGCCUACAAGUGGCUGUACCCCAACUGUGUCUUCCUCAACCGUGGCAAUCAUGAGACAAACGACAUGAACAAGGUGUACGGCUUUGAGGGCGAGUGCAAGGCCAAGCACGGCGAGAUGACGUACAAGUUGUUUGCCGAUGUGUUCACGUCGCGUAAGUGUGUUCCCCUCGCUACGCUGCUCGAGGCGUCGCAGGCGCCGUCGAGCCUCAAGUCGGAGGGCUCGCAGCCUGCGAUCCUGUACGAGGGCAAGAAGCGAUACUUUGUCGUGCACGGCGGACCACCCGUCAGCCAGGACGGCGUUCUGCUCGACGAGGUCAAGAAGAUUGACCGUUUCGGCCGCCAGCCAGGUCAGGAGGGAUUAAUGUGCGAGCUGCUGUGGACCGACCCGCAGGAGCAGGUUGGCCGCGGGCCUUCGAAGCGUGGUGUCGGCCUCGGUUUCGGUCCCGACGUCACACGGCGGUGGUGCGAGCUCAACAAGAUCACGGCGGUCAUCCGCUCGCACGAGGUGCGCCAGGACGGCUACGCGAUCGAGCACGACGGGCUGUGCAUCACGACGUUUAGCUGCCCCAACUACUGCGACUCGACGGGCAACCAGGCGGCGUAUGUCAAGAUGCAGGCGGACGGACAGCUGUCGUACCACCAGUUUACGGCGGUUCCGCACCCCGACAUCAAGCCGAUGGCGUACAGCUCUGGGUUUGGCGGCAUGAUGGGAUUGUAAGAAGAAGGUACAGCAUUCAAGGCGGCAGCGCGCCACUAGCAUUGUGCAUGUCGGUCACAUUGUUGCAUGCAUUGGUUGGGCGGGCUUCGCACUUCCAUUCGUCAUUCUCACAGUGAAGGC